AUGGGUGCAUGCGGGUGCGGGGAACGGCAGGUGGUGGUGUGUGCGAACCACGUGGGGGGGCAGGACGAGGUGGACGUGGUGGUGGCGCACGAGCUCGUGCACGCCCUCGACCACUGCCGCGCUGCCAACCUGCACUGGCCUGAUCUCCAACACCACGCCUGCAGCGAGGUGCUCCCCUGCUCGCUGCCUCGUUACUUGCCUGCCAUGCACAUGUUUGUGCCGUGCUGUCAUCCUGCCAUGCAUGCCCAUAUCAUCCGAGCGGCCAACCUGAGUGGGGCGUGCCACAUGCACCGCGAGUUCAACACGAGGGGGUCUGACUUUGUCUUCCGCAACGGCCACCCGCAGUGUGUGCGGCGCAAGGCGCAGCUGUCCGUCGCCAUGAACCCCUUCUGCUCCGAUGCUGGGCCCCCCUCUGCCGCUACCACUGCCGCCACCAUUGCCAACGGCAGCAGCGCCAAUGGAAGCGGCAGUGGCAGCGAGGCGUCUAGCAGCAGCAGUGCGGCGUGCAUGGCUCGGGCGCGGGCGGCAGUGGAUGCGGUGUGGGACGUGUGCUACCAGGACACCACUCCCUUCGACCGCAUCCCAUGA